AUGACAACAUACUCGAGUGACAACCCAUUAUCCCGAAAUGUGCAACCAUCGAGAAGUACAAGACUUCGAGAUGCAGAAAAAUCAUUUGAACAUCAUCUUCGUGAAACUGGACCAUACAUUCUAGCUGGUCUUGGUGUAUCCAGUGCAAUAUUUAUUCUUGGAAAUAAAAAUAUUCCACAAUUUAAUAUACCAAUUUUAUCAUCAGCUGCUGAUCGAGUUGCUUAUGCAUUGCGCUAUACUGGUAUCGAAGGUCUUUCGCUUGUUACUGCUAUUCAUUGUGUUAUUGGCACACAAAAUUAUUUUUCGGUUCAUGACCCAAAUGAUGAGAAAUCAAAUGAACAUGUUCAAGCAACACAACGAAAUUUAACAAAUACUGUUGAACAAUUUGUAGCAUUUCAAGCAGGAAAAUUAGCAUUAGCAUCUAUUAGCGAACAAUCAGCACUACGUUUAUUGCCAUCACUUUCAGCAGUAUGGUUAUUGGGUCGUAUAGCCUAUCAUGCUUGUAUACUUUAUCCAUCAAGAAUGUUUGGAUUUACCCUCAAUCAGGCAGCAUUAUUCACAGCAUAUGGAUAUUUUCUAUAUCGAUUAUUUGCAAGUGGUAUACACUCAAAUUUAUUACCAUUCUCAUUACGUUAA